AUGACCAGCCAGUCACAGGGAGACUAGCAGCUGCUGCAGGCCAAGAAGUGAGCUGAGGAGGUGCAGGAGGCCUGCAAGCAAAAGAACCUGAGGCAGGAACAGGCCAAAGUAGCUCAGGCUGAGAUUGAACAGUUCCGCCUGCAGAGGGAGAAAGAGUUCAAGGCCAAGGAAACUGUGGCUUUAGGAUCCCAUGGCAGCUGCAGCAGUGAAGCGGAGAAGGGGACACAGAAGCAGAUGGCCAUCCUCCAGACUUGCUUCCGGCAGAACAGGGAAGAAGUCCUAGAUAACCGCUUGGCCUUUGUCUGCGACAUCCGACCAGAAAUCCAUGAAAACUACCACAACAAUGGAUAG